AAAUAUACUCCUUCAGAAACCUGUGUCAAAGACAUGGUUGCUGAAAAGGAAGAAAUGUGAAUAGCAGUGCACCAAUGAAGAUAAGGAUGUAACUUGAUUUAGGCUGCUGAAAUCUUUAAUGCCAGGUUUGAUGUGUGAUGGAAUACAUUAUUUUUGCUAGAGGGUUAAGCACUUUGUCCCUCAUCUCAGCCAGCGUUUAUGGAUUUACAGGUCUGCCUGCUGAGAAGUAAAUUAAAUAUGUAGCGCUCUUGCUGCUCUGAUGGAAGAGAAUUUUUCUUGCCAGUAAAACAGAUGAUCAUCAUCACUACUGAGAUCUGUUAUUUUUUGAUAUCAGGAGGGAUGACAAAUCUGCAUUUUUUUCAAUAAGGACUUGGACUUCAGAACAAAAGGAUACUAGGCAUGCUCCAUUUUCUUAAAGCUGUGUCUAGGAAAUUGGAGGCAUAGCAAGCCUACACAAAGUUUGUGAGCAUGGCUGAAAAAGAAAGAUGAACUGCUUUAGGAUGUCCUUGAAAUAUGAUGUUGGAUGGGUUUUUUAACUUCACUUGGAAGGAGCCCAGUAACAAACGGGUCAAGCCGCUUUCCAGAGUCACAUCACUAGCCAGUCUCAUUCCUCCUGUUCGAGCCACUCCGUUGAAGCGGUUCGGCCAGACGCUUCAGCGUUCUAUCAGUUUCCGUAGUGACAGUCGCCCAGAUUUGGUCAGUCCACGACCAUGGUCUCGAAAUAUGCCCCCUGCUAACACAAAGCGGAGAGACAGCAAACUGUGGAGUGAGACCUUUGAUGUUUGUGUGAAUCACAUGCUUACAUCUAAAGAAAUCAAGCGUCAAGAGGCUAUCUUUGAACUUUCCCAAGGAGAAGAAGACCUGAUAGAAGACCUGAAGUUAGCAAAAAAGGCUUAUCAUGAUCCAAUGCUUAAGCUUUCUAUAAUGACAGAGCAAGAGUUGAACCAAAUUUUUGGAACGUUGGACUCUCUAAUUCCUCUACAUGAAGAUCUUCUUAGGCGACUUCAAGAAAUCAGGAAACCUGAUGGAUCAACAGAACAUGUUGGCCAUAUCCUCGUGGGUUGGCUUCCAUGCCUAAACUCCUAUGAUAGCUACUGCAGCAAUCAAGUAGCAGCCAAAGCUUUAUUGGAUCACAAGAAGCAAGAUCACAGAGUGCAAGAUUUCCUACAGCGCUGCUUAGAGUCCCCUUUUAGUCGCAAACUGGACCUUUGGAAUUUCCUUGACAUCCCAAGAAGCCGCUUGGUUAAAUAUCCAUUACUGCUGAGAGAAAUCUUGAGACACACACCAAAUGAUCAUCCAGAUCAACAGCACCUCGAAGAAGCUAUAAAUAUAAUUCAGGGCAUAGUGGCUGAAAUCAACAUAAAAACUGGUGAAUCUGAAUGCCAGUAUUACAAAGAGAGACUUAUUUAUCUUGAAGAAGGCCAAAGGCAUUCAUUGAUUGAUAAUUCACGUGUUGUGUGUUGUCAUGGUGAACUGAAGAACAACAGGGGAGUGAAACUGCAUGUCUUCCUCUUUGAAGAAGUGUUGGUGAUUACUCGAGCUAUCACCCAUAGCGAGCAGCUCUGCUACCAGCUGUACCGGCCACCAAUUCCCGUGAAGGAGCUCAUACUGGAAGAUUUGCAAGAUGGGGAGGUGCGGUUGGGUGGAUCCAUACGUGGUGCCUUCAGCAACAAUGAGAGAAUUAAAAACUUCUUUAGAGUCAGCUUCAAAAAUGGACCUCAAAGCCAGACUCACUCGCUGCAAGCCAAUGACUCCUUCAACAAACAACAGUGGCUUAACUGUAUUCGCCAGGCCAAAGAAAAAAUCACAUGUGCAGGCAAAGCUGGCGUGCUGAACUCAGAAGCACAUUUUCUUCUGUCACCAAAUGGAAGCAGAGUACCCCAGGGAGAAGCCACACUUGAACAAAUGGACCAAUCAGACUGUGAGUCAGACUGCAGUAUGGACACCAGUGAGAUCAGCAUCGACUGUGAACGUAUGGAACAGACAAACUCUUGUGAAAACGAAAAGCAGAUAGAAACCAAUGUUUGACAAAAACUUGGCAGUUCAUGGAAGAAAAUCUCUCUUACCUGUACAGUAUUUGCAUUCCAUAGAUGGAAACAUUUGGAGAAGCACUUUUAAAAUAUUUUUUUGGUGACAAUGCAGUCCUCCUUGUAUUUGUACCUAUGAGUGUAGUACUGUAACUGCCAAUCUGUAUAAACUGGAAUCUCUUGCAACUCAUGUCCUGUGAUUAUGUUCCAUAAACAGCUAAGGUGGAUGAAAGAGGUACUUCACCAGUUAUUCUCAAUGUCCUGCUGUAAACAGAAUCUCUAAACUACUGUUUAUGUAUGCAUUACAUAAAGAAAUACCAUAACUUUUAAUGUACUUUAUUUGCUCUUUGAUGGGGCAGCUGAAGAUGUGGAUUUAAUAUGGAGUUCCAGGAUGGGUAUCAAGUUAGUAAGUUUUCAUAAAGGCAAGGAAGGAAAAAGUAUUUCCUGGGAGGUAAAAAAAUUAGGAAAAAACCACCAGAUCUUGCAACAGAGGCCCCUGUAAGCAGUUUAGGGAUUAAUUUUCCAAAAUGAAGCACUAUCCUAAGAUCCAGCAACUGAACAUAGUAAAACCUGCUCAGUUAAAGCGGUCAGCAUAGUGUUACGGUUUAUUUAUCAAAGUAUGCAAUGCUAAAAAUAAUCCACUGAAAAAAUUAAGCAACCAAACCUCUACAGCCAGCACUGAAUUAAAUGAAUUGCUGAGAAUACUGGGUAUUUGUAAAUAAGCUGGUAGUUUGCUUUCAGUGCCAUAUAUAUAUUUUAUCUCAAACAGGAUAAGAAUGGAAAAAAGCUUUUUGCUUGUGAAUAGGCCCUCUUCAGCAUUUUGCACUCCACUGACCUCCACUGUUGGUUUUAAAUACCACUAAACUAAUGUUAAAACAUUUAAUUUUCUGUAAAUGUCUGUUUACAGUUACAUGUAGUUGGUUUUUAAACUGAUGAUUUUAUAUAAACGGUGCUCUACAAAUACCCUAUGGGAUUAUGUAGAGAAAGUUAAAUAAAAAGGGAAUUGGUUUUCCUUUAGGAUGUUAUCACAUCCUUUAUAUUUUUCUCAAGUUUUGUUUGAAAAGUUUUUGUUGCAUUUUAAUCUCCUGCUAUAAUUGGAAAUAUUACUGUGUUUUGUGGUGGCUUAUUAAAUCUACUCAUUAUGAUGAGAAGUAGAUGAGUCACUGAAAUGCAGUCUAAAACACUUCAGUUCAACAUCCUGUUACUUUUCAGGAAUUCCUGGCUAAUAUUUUAUUUCUUAAUAUAAGAAAUAAUGCCAGUUCUGUAUGGCAAGCUAUGAAAAUUGCAUAUUAAUAAAUUUAGAUGAUCUGUGAUAUUACACAAGAUUACCUGUGCAAAGUACUUGUAACAAUAAAAGUAGAAAAAUCUGCUAAGUUAUUGCCAAAAACAUUCUUGUGUUCUACAAGUUUACAGAAAAUUUGCUAUGUCAAGUAUCUUACAUAUAUAUAUAUAUAUAUAUUCUGAUGCACAUACAGAGAUCUGUGUGACAAGAUGAAAAACAAUAUAAAACAAGGUAUUUUUAUUUAAAAAAAAAAAUCAUCACUUUUACCCUAUAGAACAUAUUUCUGUAUUUAUAGUUUGGGGUUGUGUUGUGUUGUGUUUUGUUUUUAAGCCAAUUUUCUUCUCUGUUUCAGGCUUUGUAAUUUAUUUCAACCGCUUCCUUUUUAGAGCUGAAUGAUUAUGCCAGUGAGAAUGAGAGAAAGGAGAACUGCAAAAGAAAAGGCUUAGCAAGGCGUAUUAAGAUGAACCAUUUUCAUAAAACCUGUUGAGCAGCACGUCUAAAAGAGCAAAGGUCAUGUAAAGUCUUCAGGUAGAGAAGAAAGAAUGAAUGUGUGUAUU